UACUCCGUUGUUGCUCAGCCAAAGCAGCAUCGACGAAAACGACGGAGCACCAACAGAGAGCAGGCCACCAAUGAGAAGGAAAGAGUUGGAAAAUACAGGUGUGUUGCAGCCAGAGUACCAGCAGGGCCCAGAUAGAAACAAAGGGGAAAAGAACGGAGUUCCUGAGUUCGGUGGCUGGUAAAAGUGCUAUAUUUGUGGCAAGGUAACGUCCGACUACAUACAACGGAAGUUGGCCUUUGUUCAGGAGUUUUGGAUGUGAAGAAAAAGUGUUUCUUCGAGCUGCACCAUCAUCGAUCGAUUUUGCUUGGAUGGCUGGUUGGUUGGCAGCUGCGAGAAAAAGAGUUUCUGGAAAAUUUGCUGGAAACGUCAUAUGAUUAGGUUGUUGGAGCUAAUUUCAGGAAGAUACUGAAUUCAGUCCUGAUUCAUCAUAAUUAGAUAUAACGAGAGAAGUUUCAAGGUCACUACAAUAUGUCUAGUCAAAUUCCUCCACUGGUUUGUCAUACUCCGCCUCCAAUGGAUUUCGACGAUGAGGAGGAGGAUGAAGUGGAUUUGCCGGACCCGGAGGAUGAUUUUGACGACUUCAAUUCGGUACCACCUGCCGAAGGAAGUGAAGAUUUGCCAACGCCUGUGCCACCUCCACUGCCUGAUUUCGAUUCCCCUGUGAGACGAGUCCGAAAAUCACCUUCGGUAGAAGGAAGUCCACGGAAAGAAGAAAAAGUCAUUUCGCCUCUUCCGAUCCCACAAGCCGUACCGGAAGAUGUGACAUGUGAAGUGGAACCGGACCAAUCGAGGAACGAAAGUCCACCGUCCUUGAUACUAUCUCAAAACAACUUUUCUGAGAAUGAUGUUCCAAGUGAUGACGAAUUUCAAGAUUUCGCUUUUCACCCACCGCAACCACAAGAAGAGUCGAGCAUACCGGGAGCCGAGGACAAUAUUAGCAUACCGUCCUUGCACCUAGAUGCAGAAGUUUCGAAAUCUGCUACACCAGUUCAGCUGUCAGAAAAUGAAACCAGCGAACGGGAUUCUUCACCUCAAGAACUCGACCCGGACCAUCCGGCCCCGGAAGCGGUUCCGGAUCCCGCCGCCAUCACCCCUAUUGCGGCCGAAGAUCCCUGUAGCCGUUUCGACGACAACACCGAAAAUGAUUUUACUGAUUUUACUACCGCCUCGAACGAAAGAUCUGCGGUCCUGGAAGUGCCCACAGCCAACGAUGUGUCCUUCGACGAUGACUUCGCUCACAUCGAAUCAACACCCUCGGCGGACAGUAACUUCGUGUCGCAGAGCAAAACCGACUUUGCCACGUUUGAUGCUGAUUUCAGCAAGUUUGAUUCAUUUCCUGCAUCAUUCCCGGCGGCCACGACGACCACGACGGCUACCUUUGACGAACCUACGGGGAGCGUACCGAAGGACACGACAGACGCUGCCAAAGAAGAAACAGUUUUACAUGAACCGAUUGCAAAAGAGGAGGAUGACUUCGAUGGAGAUGAUUUUGACGAUUUUCAGGAAUUUGCCACGUUUCCGGCCGAAACUACGCACACCUCGAAGCCAACGGAAGCGAUUGUGAAAACACAUGAACCCGCCUUAGAUGACGGCGUAAGUGAUGACGAUGACUUCGGUGAUUUCAGCGAUUUCAAGCAAUCGGAUGGUACAACUUCAGCUGAAGCUGUUGCUGCUGCUGCUACUACUUCUGUGGCACCGACCUCUCGCUCGUAUCUAUUUCAACCGGAAAGCAUAUUGAGUAUUAUUAGCGGAAUGUUCCCAACUUGCGCCACCGAGGACAAUCAGGACGACACCGGUCAGGUCGUCCACUGGGCGAAUUUACUCCAGCGGAACAAGGUCCAUAACGAGCUGAACGAUAUGGAUGCAACGCAAGCGCUCAGCUAUCAAUAUCCCAAUUCCGAAAGCAACAAAUCGCUCAUCCGGGCCCUGGGUAUCGACUCAAGGAAUAUUCUAUUUGGUCCAAAGUGGAACAGCUCUAUGCCACGUUUUGCGGCAAAUCUUAGCUUUAGCCCCUUGGAACCGAUGAAACCAGUUUCGAGUAGUUCCGGGAAUAGUAUCAGCAGUAGUAGCAGUGCGGCUACGAUAAAUUCAAGCAGUAGUGCAGGUCGGCAGGAAGCCCCCGGUAGCAGACAUCACGCAUCUCAUAGCCAGCACCAUCUAGCGUUCGGUCUGGAUCCGCUGCACCCUACAACGGGACCGCCGUUGACAGCGUCAGGGGCGCUGGCGGGAAAUGUGCCCGCGGUGCAAUUCGACUGGAACAGCUCGGGAUUGGUGAAUCCUCUUGAAGCAUCACACGCACACACAUUAUUAUUGGACCUAGAACAGCUAGAGGUGAUGGCUAAUCUAAAAGAUAAAAUAAAUAUUGAUUCCUCCUCCUCCUCAUGUGACGCCAACGUUGCGCCAUCAUUACCUUCGACAAUAACGACGACAACAAUUACAACAAUGGCUAACAUCACAUGUGAUGCUGCCAAACAAAAAACUGGCGGUGGAUCUCUGUUGGACGAUUUGAACGUGUUUUGUUCCAACAACCCGCCCUUAUCCCUAAAAUCACUAUCGCCGGCCUUGGGAUGUAACGUCGGCCUCAACGUCACCUCCUAUUGUUUUACCGAUGGCACCACUACUACCACUACUGCGGCUACUGCUGAUACUACUUGUAAUAUCGCCUCCCGUUCACCAACACAUUCACCAUCACCAUCACUACAAUCCCCAUCAACGACUAAUACACCGUUACUAACAACCAUAACAACAACAACAACAUGCGCCACUAAUGGCGCUCCGAUGGAUGGUGAUGGCCAUACGGCUACCGCCGUCGAUUCCGCUUCCGUAACUCUGCAAACGUUUGAUGAUUAUUUGGACCUUAGUGUACAAGAGAUCCUCCAGGAAGGUGGCGCACUCCAGUCCCACAAGAAUGGGUCAAAGGGCGAAAUUUUGGAUUCGAAAGUCGCAGAAAACGCAAGCACGGCUACUGCAGAUGAAGUAGUGGCAACAGCUGCACCAACGAAAACGAUCUUAGAGUCACGUUCUUACGCCGCGGAAGAACCUUCUACCGCAUCAAUGAAGAUGACAAACACUCUCAAAUCGUCGUCGUUUGAACAAGAACCUCCGACUGAGGUGAAUCGCAAUGAAGACGGCGAGGGUGAGUUUGAGUUUAUCGGUAGCAGUAGUAGUAGCACCAGCAAUCAGUAUCAGCAACCAACGUCAAUUCCCGCAACAACCAGCCCCUCAAUACCAUCCGUAUCAUCUACUCACGGUGUAGUGCCCUCAUCGACGAAUGCUGCUUCGUUUCCUUUAGGACUUUCUUCGCCCUCGGUCACAUCCAGUGGUAGUGUGGUUCGAACGAUAAAAUUGCCGGAAACACAUAUCUACACGCCGAGCAAGUGUGUCAACCCGGUAUCUAGGGAUUCAACGGAUCGGACAGAAGUUUAUGGUGAGAUAGACGGAGAUUCUCGUCUUGGUGGUGCGUUUGAUAAAACUAUUGCUGUACGAGAAUACCAUGAUGUUGAAUAUAGUUUGGAGAAGAGUUUGGCAAAAAAUCAGGGAUCAAGUAGCGGGGACAACGAAUUUGACGAGUUCCGCGAGUUUCAAGCAGUGCGAAAGGUGGAUAAUGAAGACUCCAGCAGGUCGUCUGAUUUAAAACAAAUUCAUGAUGACUUUGAUUUCGUGAACAAGAAGAACAAAAUUAGCAGCUUUUCUAAACCGGUGAUAGGUACUUCUCCGACAGCCGAGCUGGAUCAGUUAGACGACGAAUUCAGCGAUUUCCAAGCAGCAGUGCCAGUGUCAGAACCCGCGAAACCUAUCGUGAAUAAACCACUAUCGAAUGUUUCAAACGAGCAUAAUCGCUCGAAUACUAGUUCUCCAAUUCUGUUAAGUCCAUCAAUUCUCUUACCUCAGCAGGCACAGCCUCAGCAGCCGGCCGAAUCUAACAGGGUAACCCAAAUAAACUGGCCGGAUCCAGGAAUAGACCCUGACGAGUUGGCCAGGUUCGAGGCUGCAUUCCCUAAACCAAAGGUGGCUCCUCAAGCAAGUGGUUCCAACAAUUCCACUCCAAAACACGCUUCGGUUGCAGUGGCGAAUGCCGCAGAUGAUGAUGAGUGGACUGACUUCGUCUAUUCAAAACCUGCAACCGAAAAACCAUCACCUACCAGGUCAAAACAUUCUCCUUCCACGCACAGCACCAGCCAACAAGAGGAGUGGACCGAUUUCAUUUACAGUGCUCCUGUAACGCAGCAUCUGUCUUCUAGUCAAAACAACUUCAACUACCAGAACAACUCCUUAGGCGCUGGUAGGUUGGGAGGGCCCAAGUUCAACUCUUGGAACCAACCGCAGCUUCCCCCUCCGCAGUUCAGUUCAUGGAAUAGCAAUAACUACUAUUGCCCUAGUAGCAAUUCGUCCGCGCCAAUCGCUGCUCAAAAGGAAAAAGUGCCAACGUUUUCCACCGCUCACGCACUUCCUGCUCAUCACACAACCAAUUUCUACCAAACGCCUCUAUCCACUGCAGGUAGAAGCAUGCCACCACCGCAAGCUAAUCACAUUCCAGGCAUUUCCCAGUUACCGGAACUGUCAUUCAUCACUCCGAAUUCCACUCCCGGUGGCGGUGGCCCCGGGCCAGGAGUAAAACCCUUUGCCCACUCUUUUCUCAACAACGUGAUAUCGAGUAACAGUUUCACCAAGAAAUGAUUGUUACUGUACGGUGGCGGUAGUGGUGAAACUAUCGGGGGUGGUAGUUGUUCUAGCAAACGUUUGCCGACGACGAAAACGCGUCGCAUUCUCCAAAAACAAUCGGAAUCCGAUCCACUACAGCCGCAGAAUCACCAUCAGCGCUCAGUUCCAGCGGUCACGGCCGGAGUCCCUGGGGGAGAUGUUAUCAUGUAAAUAUGUAGCUUCAAUCCAGUUUCCUUUCCAAGGAUAUCCUACCCACCCAGGAACCAUGUUCAGAUAAGCCCUUUCACUGCUUAUAGUUAUAUAGUUGACGUAAACGCCUAUAACAGACGCUACCUUAUUCCUUCAAAAAAACGGUUGUUUGCCAAAUCUUUAAAACAAAUAUCGAAAGAUCUAAUCAAAAUGUUUUAACUAACAAGACUGGAAGUAGGGUUUUAGAAACCCCAAGCGAAAUAAUAGUUGAUUUCAAGUUGACCCUCUGCCGUAAUCUACUAAUAUAAAUUCCUUCCCGAGACAACUAUGUACUCACUGUUCUAACAGUCUUCUAACAACACGCUCAGAAAACCGUUCUGAUAAACGUGAACAAACAAUCACGAAUAUGAGAACAAGCAAAUAUACACCGUAAACUGGAACUAGUUCCAGCUGUCAAUAUGGGCGUUCUCGAUACCGUGACAUCUAGUUCACGGUGUACAUUUCUUAUUGUUGUUAUCGUUGCUAUGCAUAGUCCCCGUUUGUUCUCGUUGCCGUGAUUGGGAGUGCACGUAUAUCGGAACGGAUUUUUUUGCGUGAAGCCAUCCUCGAUGGCCGUAGAUUGCUUAUUAUUGCUCAUGUGAAUUUUUUAAUACAUUCGUCAAUGUUUUCACCAGCAAUACCUUCAAAAGUUCGAAUAGGUAUGACUUCGAAGUUGAAUCACACUUAUUCUAAUAAUGUCUUUGGCGUUAAAAAUAUUUGUGAUUUGCUAAAGUAUUCUUCGUUAAAUGUCCAUUGGGGUUGAGCUGAAAACCAUCCUGUAUUUCUUGACUCGAUGACCAAUAACACUUGCGUUACGUCAACUAUAUUGAAAUAAGCAGUAUAAAGUAUAUCGAUCGUAUGAAGCGGUGUAAUCUGAUUUCAGUUGUUUCAGAGACAAUAUGACUUAUUAAAUAUUGCGACAGUCGUUGGGCUAUAGUUUUAGCGAUUUGUUCCCGCGAAAAAUCAUCAUCCGUGGAUAAUUUGUUUAAGUAUUUCAAUUUGUUGCAUCGUUUUUAUUAUUAAGAUCUUUCUAUUUUUGUUAAAUGCCAAAAAAGACAUUGUGUAUAGAACUGGUACUUAUUGUAGAGUAAAUAAGAAACCUACAGCUAAAAGUUGUGUAACUUGUACUUAACUUGUAGACUAGGGAACACGAAAAGGAGGAAAAAGCGCGAAUACUAGAAAAUCGAAAAGACUUGCUACUCAUACCUACUUUCCUUUGGAAACUUAUUGGUUGUUUAACUGAGUGGUUAAAAAAAGCUCGCUGAUUAGAAGACCGUUCAGAUCCCAUGCUUAACGGAGCUAAUAGAGUUGAGUGUAGACCAGGCAGUUUUAUUAUUAGCAUGUUAUAAUCUAUGCCAUGUGUGGCUAGCAUGCGGAAAGCGAAACCAUUUUUAAUCAAUAAAGGGGAUCCACAUUAUUUAUUUAGCAAAUUUAUGUGAUAGUA